ACCUGCGCGCCCAGCGGCAUGGCUCCAAGCGGUCGUGGGACCGAGGAGGCGGUGGCGGUGGCACGGCACGAGCAGCCGCAGCCCCAGCCCCCGAGAAACCCCUCCUGCGGCCGGGUCCCCGCGGGGCAGCUCGCCCGAGUGACCAGCGCGUGAAAAGAGAGGGAGGGCAGAGCUCCGGCGCGGCGCAAGGUGCGGGCGCGGCUUCUAGAUUUCACCCCGCCCAGCUCCGGUGGCCACAGCAGCCGCAGGAAACUGCCCCAGCCUGGGGUGGGGGGCGGGAAUGCAAGACCAGGAGUCUUCGCUCUCCAGCCAGCUUUGGUCUUGACAGCUAGGAAAUUCCUGCGGGCAGAGUCUACAGAUUCAGGACCUCUCUGGUUAGGAGACGCUCAGCCCCGAGCAGUUGGGGUAAGAGACCACACUUGGCCGAAGCCCCCUUCCCAAACAAAAAAUCCCCUCCUCCGCUAGAUGCCUCGGUAGUAGGAAGAUUGGAGUGGGGCUGGGUGAGCCAGUCUUUAGCAACCCCGGACUAAGACGGGGCGUGGAAAGGAGCUGCCAAGAACGCGGCGGCAGCGCCAGGCGCACGGGAAGUGCAGAGGACGCGCCGGCCCGGUACGGCUGCCGUGCGGGUGACCUCUAGUUACAGCUGGGGACCUGGGCGGAGGAGUAAUUGAAGAACCUACAGAACUGACUAGCAACGAGGGACACGCCUGUGCUCUCCUCCGCGGUCCUCUGCCCUCUGCCUCUUCUGCUCCAUGCCCAAGAGCUGCGCGCCAGAGCCCGGGCGAGGAGAGCCAUGGAGGAACCCGGCGCCCAGUGCGCCGCACCACCGCCCGCGGGCUCCCUGAGCGGGCGUGCACAAACAAACCUCUCCGUUGCUCCCUCCCACAACUGUAGCGCCGAGGACUACAUUUACCAGGACUCGAUCGCCCUGCCCUGGAAAGUGCUGCUGAUCAUGCUGUUGGCGCUCAUCACCUUGGCCACCACACUCUCCAAUGCCUUCGUGAUCGCCACUGUGUACCGAACCCGGAAGCUGCAUACCCCGGCCAACUACCUGAUCGCUUCCCUGGCGGUAACCGACCUGCUCGUGUCCAUCCUGGUGAUGCCCAUCAGCACCAUGUAUACGGUCACCGGUCGCUGGACGCUGGGCCAGGUGGUCUGCGACUUAUGGCUGUCGUCGGACAUCACCUGUUGCACUGCUUCCAUCCUACAUCUCUGUGUCAUCGCCUUGGACCGCUACUGGGCCAUCACGGACGCGGUGGAGUACUCAGCCAAAAGGACUCCCAAACGGGCGGCGGUCAUGAUCGUACUGGUUUGGGUCUUCUCCAUCUCCAUCUCGCUGCCCCCCUUCUUCUGGCGCCAGGCCAAAGCUGAGGAGGAGGUGUCAGACUGUGUGGUGAACACCGACCACGUCCUCUACACGGUCUACUCCACGGUGGGCGCUUUCUAUUUCCCCACCCUGCUCCUCAUCGCACUUUACGGCCGCAUCUAUGUGGAAGCUCGCUCCAGGAUUUUGAAACAGACGCCCAACAAGACUGGCAAGCGCUUGACCCGAGCCCAGCUGAUAACCGACUCUCCCGGGUCCACGUCUUCCGUCACCUCCAUUAACUCGAGGGCCCCCGAAUUGCCCAGCGAAUCUGGGUCUCCAGUGUACGUGAACCAAGUCAAAGUGAGAGUCUCCGACGCCCUGCUAGAGAAGAAGAAACUCAUGGCCGCUAGGGAGCGCAAAGCCACCAAGACCCUGGGGAUCAUUUUGGGAGCCUUUAUUGUGUGUUGGCUGCCCUUCUUCAUCAUCUCUCUGGUGUUGCCUAUCUGCAAGGAUGCCUGCUGGUUCCAUCUGGCCAUCUUUGACUUCUUCACAUGGCUGGGCUAUCUCAACUCCCUCAUCAACCCCAUCAUCUAUACUAUGUCCAACGAGGAUUUCAAACAAGCUUUCCAUAAACUGAUACGCUUUAAGUGCACAAGUUGACUUGUCAAUUGCAGUGGGUCGCCAAAGCGGCCUUUGGGGACCAUUUUGAGUCUGGUUGCACAGGUAGGUCGGCUCUUCUUUCCCUGUUACCGAGUCGGAGCUAGGCUUUCCUGGGCAAAGGCAAUGGGUCCUGAGAAGCCAGGACCUAGCUCAGAGAGAGAGAGAGCUCUGAAGGAACUGUUCAAACUAAAAGUGGAGCUUCUGUACUGAGGAGGAGGCUCACUUCCUCCCUUCAACCCGCUGAGCUCAGCACUGACUCUCUGUGGCAACCUAUCCAAGGGGGUUACAACUUUUGUUUUGGAAAGCAUCUGUGCUUCUAGCCAUCAUCACCCAAUCAACCAGUGGAUUGUGAGCUCACAGAGUUAUGCCCUGCCAUUUUUGUCUUGGU